GAUGACUUGCCCGAGCCGCGCAUGCGCCCCCGUUAUGUGGACCAGGCCCUGCCCUGCCCUGCCCACCGCUCCUCGGUGUGAGUCUUCUCCCUCCACCUGCGACGAGCCUUGUUGUGGCCUCAGGAGAACGGUCUUCCCUGGCGGACACGCCCUUGGGCACCACCGGCAGGCCGCGCGCCGACGUGCUUCCGCCCGCUUUCUGUAAGGUGACAACGAGGCUGUGGUCGUUGCCUUUGUAAAUUCUUCGCAGGUGCGGCGGGAGGAAACAAGGCAGCUGCUGCUUCGCUGGUAACUGGUAACACACACACACGCAAGCGUCGUUUUCAAGUAUAGGUCUGCUGCCGUUUGCAGGCUUUACGAAGAUGCGAGUAUUUCACAAGCUCUCGAAAUAUAUAUAUAAAUAAAUAAUUGUCCAAUAGCACCUUAGAGACCAACUAAGUUUGUUCUUGGUAUAAGCUUUCGUGCACAUGCACAUUUAGGUAUCUGGAGAAGUGUGCAAGCACACGAAAGCUUAUACCAAGAACAAACUUAGUUGGUCUCUAAGGUGCUACUGGACAAUAUAUAGAUAGAUAGAUAGAUAGAUAGAUAGAAGGACUGUGUCAGACCAACACAGCUACCUACCUGAAAGGAGAAGCUCUGUGACUUUAUUUAAGGUCACAUCCCUUCAAAUUCAUUGGAAUUGGAUUUGGUGGUUCUACCUAGUGGUGUGGGGGAAACAACCUACACAUGUUUAAAAGCACUCCUAACUUCAUUUAUCUGGACAUAAUCCCCACUUAAUUCAGUAUGGCUUACUUCUGAGUAAACAUGGUUAGGAUUGUGGUGUAUUUUGAUUAAGGUGGGAAGAGAGAUAUCCAUUUUCUCCACAACAUGCAUAAUUGUAUAAGAGGAAGUUUUUCUUCCUCUCCCAUGAUCCUAAAACUCAGGACCAUUAAAGGAAGCUAAACGCUGGAAGAUUCAAGACAAACUAAAAAAUUGUCUCAUCAGCUGUCUUUCUUACCAGCUAACGCUAGUAAAAGGUGCUUCUAGCCUCCAGUGAUAGGAUCUAGGAGCACCUCCUGAAUACAAACUUGCUCCUUUAGAGGGAGUACAAGUUGAUUCAGAAAAAGUAACUGGUCGGUCUCUGAGACCUGGGAAAUGUUCUUUGUCUGAGUCUUGCCAAGUUUCAAGCUUAGUUUAUGGGUCCUCAUCCAGCCCACCUAUGCGCUGAUCCAGGUCUUGCACAGCCUCUCCUGAUUCAGAUGUUACAGAGAAAUAGAGCUGAAUGUCAUCAGCAUAGUGAUGACACCUCACUCCAAAUCCCCUAAUGAUAGCUCCCAACAGCAUCACAUAGAUGUUAAAUAGCAUUGGAGACAGAAUAGCGCCCUGCUGCACCCCAUAGCACAAACACAAGGUUACAACUAAUCACUGUAAGCCCAUCUGUUCCUCAAUUUGUGAACAGAAUUGCUUUUGUUUGGCACUGUUUUUCUGGUGGCAAAAGCCGCAUUUGCUCACUAGUUAGCAAGCACUUUUCAUUUCUGGGAAUAAAUGAAAACGUAGUGUCUGUGACAUUGGUCAAGACUCUCUUAAAUCCUUCUAACAAUUUUAUUUUGAAGAUACCACAUAUCCCCUGAACAGCUCUUUAACACCCAAGGAAACUAAAUGUGCAAGUGCAUUUGUGUGACUUUCUUCAUAUGUGGCUUAGAUUACUGGACACCAGUACAUACAAAUUUCAGAUAAACCUCACCUUUCCAUUUAUCCUUCCCAGCAGGAUUAUCCUCUGUGGGUCAGCGCCUCUGUAGGGUGUACAUAUCCUCAACGUUUUGGGCAGCAGGUGGUAGAGGAGUUACCACUUACAUAACUGCUCCCUGUGGUCACAACAUUUCCACUACACAGGCAUUUUGUUUUUUCUGAGUGGUGAAUGUUGAACUGUGGCCAGAUUAGCUGUUAAAUGCUUUCCUGUUGAAACCCUAAUUAAUAGAUCUAAUUCAUUUUCUUGACACUUUACUUCCAGAUCCUUUUGAAGUUUUCGUCACACAUUAUGCUUCUUAGAUGUAAACCAUUGAUGCUUUACAUGUACCUUCAUAACAUAAAGUGAGAAUAUUACACAAGUACCAUACAAAUCAGAAUUUUGCACUCAUCUGUAAUACUGAGCAGAUGCAAGCCAGUCUUUCCUGUUACAUGAACAUUAGGCUGUAGCCCAGACCAGUUUGAGCCAGUUCAGAAGGCACCUGUAUUAUCUAUUGGAUUUUGCUAUUAUUACUUAGAAUUUGAAUUAACUUGACAUUCAAAACAUGCUGUACAAAAUGUUUUUGCCCAGAUCUACCAUUACCAAGACAAAGGUUUGCCAGGCUUGCAUGUUGAGUACCCUGCUUUAUGGUAGUAAGUCAUGGGCAAAUUACACUCACCAGGAGCAACAUCUCGAUGCCUUCCACAUGCACUACAUCAGGAAGAUUUUGGGCAUUGCAUGGCAGGACAGAGUCUCAAACAAGUGAAUAUGAUCAAGCCCACAUUCCCAGCAUAUUCACACUCCUGUCUCAGUGACGCCUGCACUGGCUUGGUCAUAUUUACAGAAUAGAAGAUGGCAGGAUCCCCCAGGACGUGCUCUAUGGGGAGCUGGCUUCAGGCACAAGGCCUGUUGGCAGACCAACUCUCUUAUGAAGACAUCUGCAAACGUGACUGGCGACAUUAACCCCACUGUGUGGGAAUCCCUUGCAGUGCCUGAGACAGUUACGUCAUGCAUCCACAGCAAUGGCCAGAGGAGGAAUGACCGCUGCUGGGAGGAGCACAGAAAGAAGAAACGCCAUGGUACACCUGCAUCAGCACAAUCGGAUGCCUUCAUCUGCCAGCAGCUUCUCCCUUAUCAGUCUCUACAACCACAGCAGGUGCUGUAACUCUCAAACGGUUUCACUCUACUCCCAAGGCGCACUUCAUUGUCUCCCAAGACAGAUGGAUGUCAACAACAACACUCAGGCCUGGAAGCCAACCCUGUAUGCAAAUUCUUUAAUCACAUGGCAAUAUUAAAAGGUUUCAUGCAUGCACGACAGGAAAAAAAAUCUGUCUGUUUUCCUUGCUCUCUAUUCUGAAAGCUCCGCUGCUAUCUGACCCCAGCUACCUGAUCCGCACACAACACUACAAUACUCUUUUCUUCUUCAAGCUGCUUAGAACUUUGAAUGGGAGCAUUUUGUUGUGAGCUUCCAUUUGUACAGUUCUAAUUUUAAUAGUACAGAUGCUCGUGUUGUUAACAGCUCUGCAGUGACAGUAAUUUAAUUCACACCUCCUUUGCACUUUAGGAAGGCAGCAUGAGUUCCCACUGAUAAUCUCACAGAACAUACCCAAUGCGGUGAACACAGGAUAGUGCUUCUCUUUGAGGUAGGCAGAGAGCUCUUGUUGGUGUGACAUAUGCAGUGUAGCUAGAGGCAGCAAAAGGAUGUGAAAGGGAAAUGUUGUACAAUUACAUUAUUUUAAUAAGAUAGAGAGGUGCCUGCUUCCAUCCCCCCAAAGGAAUGACUUUAGCACAGGAGUGGGGAAUCUGUGGCCCACCAGAUGGGGUUUAACUUCCAACUCCCAUUGGCUUCAUCUAGCAUGGCUGAUUGGGAAAUGUGAUGGUAGAUGUAAUUCAGCAACAUCUGGGGGCCCACAAGUCCCCACACCCCUACAUUAGUAAAACAGAACCAAACCAGACCGCAGAAGAAUUCUACUAUAAUCCCAUAUACUCUCUGCAGAAAAUGUCUCUUGGAUUCUCUUCAUUCAGGCAUGUUCCUAAUGGCGCUGGCUAUAGUUCAGAAUAGUAUGAUAAAAUAAUUGCAGAUUUGUAGUAACUGAAAGCACAAAAUGAAAGAGCUGGCACAGAAAUUCUCACCCAUGAAUCCCCUCUUUUCCCACCCCGCAUUCUUACCCAACUCUGCACAAUUUUAGUUUCUUUCAUUGUUACAUCUUUGUGUUGGUUACUUUGCCUCCCUGAACUUGCUUUAUACUUCAUUUCUAUAGGGUGGUUGCUCCUGCUGCUGCUUCCACCAAGCAGUGCUGCAUUCUUAGAAGUUAUUUCUUUCUCUGCAAUGCUCCCAGGCCUUGCCACCGCCUUUAUCACAUAUAGAGAGUGUGCAUUCUCCUAGCACAUGGGUAACAUACUUGUUGAGUCAUCCUUUAUCAAACAGCAGUCACGUCUCAUCAAUCUUCUGUCUUGCAACUAAGCAUGUGACUAGUAUUUUGUAAAUUAACGCAGCCCGGGGAAAGUAUAAGCAACAACAGGAUAGCUCUGCGUGGCUUUCUUGGAUGCAUUUACAGUGUGCUGCAAGGUCAUUUUUUAUUGGGAACUGGUAAUGGAAAUUGUCAUUGCUCAAAAUGUGUUUAAUUCAGAUUGUCUGUUUAAGACAGAUGGGGAACUGGCUGUGGCCCUUCAGAUGUCUUUGGAUUCCAUGUCCCAUCAGUCCCAGCCAGCUAGGCUAAUGCUCAGAUAUAAUGGGAGUUGUAGUCAAGCACAGCUUCCCCAUCCCAGGUUAAAAAGAGUAUAUAUGAGCCUGAGGGGUAAAGUCCCUUUGAACAUGUGUAAUCUCCAUAUUGUAAGAUCUUAGUAAAAGAGGUUAAAUCCCUUUGAACAUGUGAGAGCUCUGUAAUCUCACAUAGUUUGGCCCUAAAUGGCUUGAAGAGAUGGUUCCUAGAAAUAAUGACCCUCAAGCUACCACUUGCAUACACACACCUGUACUUAGUUUUGCCUUCUUUUUAAUUAUUAUAAUUUUAUCAUAGUUGAUUUAACUAUAUGUAUUAAAUAUUACUUUUUUAAAAUAUAGGAAAAUCAUUUUUUAAAGAAUAAUGGAAGGUAAAUCUGGCUGUGUCAUAAAUACAACAAACAUGUACAGGAAAAUCCUGAGUACAUCAAUUCCCACUGGGUGAGCCCCAGCUUUAAUAAAUGGGAAGUUAAUAUAUGUUAAUUUCUCAAAGAGCUUUAUUGUGACCCCUGGACAUUUUUAAAGUCUUUAAGACUUUUUCAUUAUGUCAUACACAAGUUUCAUACUAUUGCUGGAUCUUGAGUUCUAGAGUUCAUGUAGGAACUGAGCCAGUGUAAAAGGAAAGAUAGCAUUUGUGUGGCGGGGCCUAGAUAUAUUCACAACUAAGAGAGAGAAACAGAAGUUAUACUUUCUGUGAACACCAAAGUACUACAUACUUUGAGUAAAUGUUUUUUGUUUUUAAAAUCCUCUGCGUAUGGAAGGUUCUGUCACUUAACUCAAGCAACUGUUCCAGAAUCUCAAAUGAUAUUAUUGUUAAUAAUGUGUAACCGUCAGCGUAUGUACUAUUCAUACAAUAUAUUUGUUGGAAAUGUUACAGCAGUCUCUGUAAUUUUUUGGCCAAGAUCUAGCAAAGUGCCACCUCUUUCCUAAUUUACAGUUGGAGAAUUAAAGCUCUUUGCACUAACCAUCUCGCAGGUCUUUAGCAGGAGACUUUCUCCACAAUUCUUAUUUAGAUUGGUCUUUAAUAUGUAUUUUGGCUGAGGUGAUGGAGCCAGCACCUUCUAGGAAAUUUAGAAAUGCAAAUCACCUUGUUUUUUCCUUGCAUGAGGUUUGUGACAGGCUCUGCCUUUGAAGGUCUUUAUUAAUGUAUCCAAAUAACACCUAGUAGAAGUUGCUGUUAUUUGCGGAAGGACCUUUAAAGGGGGUGGGAAUGAAUAGAGCAGCAUUUACUUUUUCCUUUGUUGGAACAAGAGACACAUGGAGAAAUUAAAUGUCAACAGAAUUAUAAUUAUAGGAAGAACUUUUCUUAUGCAAUGCAUAAUUAACCUGUGCAAAUUGAAGCCACAAGAUGUAAGAGGAAGCCAAGAGCUUAGUCAAAUUAGUCGCAUUCAGAAAACCUACUUGCAUGCCAAUGAAUUAUAGGUGUAAUCCACCCCCUUCUGAAAUCCAUAGCAAGCCUCUCUCACUGCACCAUUCUGCAUCAUUUUCUAAUUGUAUAGAUCUUCAGCUAUGUUAUAUGCCGUUUUAAAAUGGCAUAUAACAUAGAUCCCUGUUAAAGGAAUGCAACCUCAGGAAGCAUAUAUCACUGAUAGAACAAGAUGUAAUUUAACAAUCAUAAAAUAGCAAUCAUAAAAUAGCAAUAAUAGAAAGCAGUCCAACAAUAUACAUACAAUAAUCUGGCUGUCUUUCAUUGCUCUGGUAAACUAUGUUUGUAUACAUAAGUCAGGCAGGCAAUGCUUACCAGGUCUUGGUAUGCUGAACUGUCGUCUUGUCUCCAACCAGCAAAACAAAAUGCAACUCCUGAGGAAAGAGGAAGUGAGCAAUAGCUAGCUGAAGGAAAGUAAUUAAGCUGUUGUGCUUCUUGUUCCCUAUUCUAAAAAGUGCCAUAGAAAGGUCUUUUCUGCAGAAAACCCUGGCACACUGCAAUAUAAUUUAAAGCAUAAUUAAGUGCAAAUAAUUUGAAACAUCUGACCCACGAUUUUCUGCAGCAGAGUGCAGUUGGAUGGGAUAUAGGUAAUGUCCACUAACUCGUACAAUAACAUGCACUAUUUCAUAUAACCUACUUGAAGAAAAAACUCGGUCUGCAGUAACAGUGACUUGAAAUGUGCCACAUUUUAUGUAUUGAACACAUGGUUUCCAUGUUGGAGAAAUAUAAUCCCUGAGGACAAAUAAUGCAAAUUCUUCUUAAAUUUACACAGGAGGAGGGUUGUAGCAAAUAAUACCCUCACUUGAUUCUCUAUGAAAAUGUUUGGAUUUUUAAAUAGAAAAGCAGCAUAUAAAUAUUUAAAAUAAAAACAAAGUGGCUUACAAUAAAAAUUAUACAGUUGAAUCAAACCUACAUACACCUAAGACCACCAAAGAAGUUGCUGCCAGGGUGAGCAGAGCAGUUUAAAAAAAAAAAAAUCGGAUGAAAAGAGCAGAACCACUGCUGAUCAUCCAUUAUAAAAACCUUAGAGAGAAAAAGUAUCUUAACCUGUUGUCUAUAAGAUGAUAAUGUUAUCUUGCAGAUCUGCCUAGGGAGGAUAUUCUAAGCACAUGAUACCUCCUGUGAAAAGGCCACCUCCCCAAUCCUCAUCUAACCUCUGCAAGCAAGAACACUCUGAGAAGGGUUUCAGAAGCAAAUCUUGACAAUCAGAAUAAUUUCUAAGGGGGAAAGCAACCCUUUCCAGUAUUCAGAGUUGACUAUUGGGUGUUUGGGAAGUCGGCAAGUUCCCUGCAGGGAGCUCAGUCUGGCCACUGAUCCAGCCACAUCUCUAGCUCCCCUAAUGAUGUCAGGUGUGGCACAGGUGGACAUGGUUUGGGGAAAACAGCCUCAUAGACCACAUUGAGACUCCUGUGCUCCCUCCUCCCCCUACAUGGUGUGAGGAAGAGUUCAAAAACUUUCUCUUCCGUUUUUACAUACGUACUUACUGCGGUUUGCUUUGUCAUGCCUGACAGCCUGUGGCUUAUUUAAAACAAACCAACUUCAAACAGUGGUUUUUGAAGCUUGAAAGUUUAAAUACUAUAGUUAGUGUUUGUUUUUAGUGCAUGGUUUAUUAAGUUUUUCACAUUCAUAUAUAGUGGUACCUCGGGUUACAGACACUUCAGGUUACAGACUCCGCUAACCCAGAAAUAGUACCUCAGGUUAAGAACUUUGCUUCAGGAUGAGAACAGAAAUUGUGUGGCGGCGGCGCAGCAGCAGCAGGAGGUCCCAUUAGCUAAAGUGUGGUGUAGUGGUUAAGAGCGGUAGACUCGUAAUCUGGGGAACUGGGUUCGCGUCUCUGCUCCUCCACAUGCAGCUGCUGGGUGACCUUGGGCCAGUCACACUUCUCUGUCCCACUCACCUCACAGAGUGUUUGUUGUGGGGGAGGAAGGGAAAGGAGAAUGUUAGCCACUUUGAGACUCCUGAAGGGGAGUGAAAGGCGGGCUAUCAAAUCCAAACUCUUCUUCUUCUUCUUCUAAAGAGGUACCUCAGGUUAAGAACAGUUUCAGGUUAAGAACGGACCUCCAGAACGAAUUAAGUUCUUAACCCGAGGUACCACUGUAAUGUAACAGUACAGUCCCUUAGUCUCCCUCCACCUGACCUCGUUCUUGCUUCCUCUUUUCUAAGUCACUUUGCGUUGCCUGGAGCAAAAAAGCAAACAAUAAAUCUAAUGAUGAAUGAUACAGCAUCUUCAUCUCUGACAUUCAGUUAUCUAGCAUGCUAUACAGCAGGCAUAGACAAACUCAGCUCUCCAGAUGUUUUGGGACUACAAUUCCCACCAUCCCUGACCACUGGUCCUGUUAGCUAGGGAUCAUGGGAGUUGUAGUCCCAAAACUUCUGGGGGGCCGAGUUUGCCUAUGCCUGCUAUACAGUAUUCAGGUUUGCAUGCCUAGAUAAAGGUUAGGAUGAAUGAAUGUCAGCAGUGCUCUGCCGUAGUCCUAGAUUAACAUCCAUUAAGUCAGGCAGGUUUGCCUCGCUGCCCUGUGCCUCCCACUGUUUCUAGUUGUGGGUAUUACUCAGUGAAGAGAUCCAAAAAUGCACUUCCAAUUUCCCAGAAGCUUGAUUUUAUGUAGUUUAUAGAAUAUAAUCUUGUACAGUAGUUGCAGGAGGUCCUGUAUCCAGUUUUCUUCACUUGGUGUGGUCUGGGCUUUCCAGUAUUGAAGGAUUAUUCAUUUUGCUGCAAGUCUGGCUUGGUUGCAUCUCAUUCCUGCCAAUGCAGUAAACUUUGGUAUAGCCUAUCUUGUAACAUGGCCCAUUGACAACUAUGGAAAGCAUAAGAUUAAACAUCAGAUUAAAUAAACUGAGGCACUAGCCACCUCUAGCAAAUAUGCUGUCAUACUUUCUCUUGCAGAUGUGUUUGAAAUGCUUAUCUUUACAAUUAGGUUUGAGCCUAUCACACUUCCCACUUAACACAUAGGAUUUAUUGAUGAAAGAGAAUGCGGUCAUUAUGCAAAUACACACCUGCAACAAAGCAGGUGAUCCUUAUGGUAUGGUUAGAUAGCAAAAACUAGUUUUACAUUUGCUGAAAUGACCACUAUAAACUUUACAUGUAGUCUUUGGCUGGUUCUCUUAUAUUUCAUUCUUUGCAGACACUUUAAAUCCCUUGUCUGACAUUUUAAAUCCACCAUGUAGAUUCCAAUACACAUCACACAGAAGGAGCUCCUAUAAAAUGCCUGCCUUUUCUUGUUUGCAUGACAAAAAGGGAAUAGUAAAUCCAGCAAUUGGAGGAGAUAAUCACCACUGUGUGAAAAAGACUUCAAUCCACAUUUUUUUCUUUCUAACUGAGCUUCAACUGUUUGCCUAAUAAUUUUACGUUACCUGUUGAGCUCAUAAAUCUGCUUCCAAUACACAUUUGGCAUUAAAGGGUUUUCUUUCUAUUAGACUGGACAUCAGACAUGAAAGAAAGCACUUUCUAAUCUAGGGGUCCUCACUGCAGUGCACCACCAGAAGAUGGUAUUUAUCAUUAAUGCUUAACAGACCUUAACACAUACCGCUUAAAUCCAUGAAAAUAAUGAGCAGGUGAUUCAGAACUUCAUUCACACUUUUGGGUAGAGUACUUCUGUGGUGACAUCAAUAAUCAAAGUUCAUGCUUGCUUUGUAAUUCCUGAUUCUAAAAGUAGUUAGCUGUAUUAGAUAACUCUGUUUCUAUUCCUUCAGAAUACACAAAAAUGCGUUGUGAUCUCUUCCCUGGAAAAUGGGCUAUGAAGGUCUUUUUGUAUCCAUGCUUAAGGAUUGGGUAUUUCAUCCUGCAUUAGAUUGGUUAAAAGAAAAUAAUAUUCAGGGGGUUUAUUUCACAGGGUUUGAGGCAUCUAAUACAGGUGCAGUUCAAGAUUGCAAGUUUGCAUUUCAAUCAUGCUGUUUGGGCUAUCCAAAUAAAUCCUGCUACUUUCACACAGUACAAAAUUCUCUCAUGGAAGACACCUUCCCUCCCUUUAAAAAACUUAAAUUAUUUGCUUACAGGGCAGCUGGGCAUGCUACAAAGUGCAGUGCUGGUGUGACUGAAGCCACCUGCCAACUUAUUUUGCCCAGAGGCACGCUCUACAUUUAUGCAAAUGUGUUUUGUGAGUCUGUGUUCUGAGUCCUUUAAGACUCUAGCAAAGCUCCUGCAAACAGGUGAUAAUUAUGGUCAGGUGGUGGUGGGGAUUCUUGUGAGUACACAAUUGCCAUGUAAGGGAUCUCUCUAGGACUACAGUAGGUCAUGACCAAUGUUUUACAAUUAUGGUGAUUUUUUAAAAAAAAAAUAUUACAUUUGUUUGGAAUUGUACAUUCCUUUUUAUUAAAACCUCAUUGGAAACCUACCAUUCCAAUGAACUGAAAUUUAUUUUUCAUUGAAAGCAUUGCUGAAUAUAAAAGCAUCAAACACUUAUGCUGUGAACACAUUACAAAUUACAGUACACUACAAAUUAAAACUCAGGUAGAUUGUCCUUUUCUCAUUUUGGUUUGAAACUGGUUUUGGGAGAAAUGUAUCAAGACAGAGUAUUGCAUAAGAAACAACAGGAUUGUGGCUAGUGUGUGUACACAGCUUCUCAAACCAGUGGUGGGAGCACACUUGAUGCAGAGUAAAUGAGAGUGUGGAAGAACAAGUGUUGGUGAAGGAAAAUCAGCAUGGCCUGCAAAAGCAAGUCCUGCCUCUCUAAAACCUUUUAGAGUGUCAACAGGCAUGUGUUGAUAGGGGUGAUCAGGUUGACAGUGUACACUUAGAUGCUCAAAUGCUCCUGAAUAAACAUAAUGGGAUAAGAGUACAGAUUCUUUUGGGUCAGUAACUGACUAACGAGCAGGAAGCAGAGAGUAGUAAUAAAUUGACAGUUCUCAUAUUGAAAGGAUGUAAGAAGUGAAGUCCCUCCAAGGAUCCUUAUUUGGACUGAAACUUUCUAACUUGUUCAUAAAUGACCUGGAGUUUGGGGAGAACAGUGAAGUAGCCAAAUCUAUAGAAAACACCAUAUUAUUUAGAGUGAUAAAAGGUAUUGAUAAGACCUCUGAAAGGAUCUUUCCAAACUAGAUGAAAGGGCAUCAAAAUUGCAAAUUCAGUUCAAUGUAAACAAGUGUAAAGUAAUGCACAUCAGGGAAGGGGGUGAACCUAACUUCACAUAUACACUGUUGUGGUCCAGCCUAACCUAGUUCACAGGGUUGUAAGGUUACCAGACGUCCCCGUUUCCCGGGGACAGUCCCCAGAUUUACAAAUCAGUCCCCUGACAAAAUCCAUUGAAGUUGAAAAGUGUCCCCUGAUUCAUGGGAAAAAAAUCUGGUAACCUUAUAUAAUGUAAGGAUAUAAUAAGGAAAGAGAGAACAAUAUACUGUAAUAAUAAUAACAAACAGGAAGCUGAAGCAAGUAUGAGGAAAGGUUUUCAGUUUAGCAACAAGUGAAAUAAGGAGGAAACAUGAUAGAGGUUUUUCAAAACCAUGGUUGGUGUGGAAAAAGUAGACAAGUUUGCCUUCCUCUUUCAUAAUACUAGGAUUUUCCAAUGAAGCGGAGUAGUGGAAGAUUCAGGACAAACUGAAGCACUUCGACAUACAGAGCAUAGUUAUGGAAUUUGCUUUCCCAAGAUGUCGCGAUGGCCACCAAUUGAUUCCAAAAGGGAUUAGACAAAUUAAUGGAAGGUAAAGCUAAGCUGUGAUCUUGUAUUUGCUAUCUACAGGAUGAGAGGCAGCAUGCCUCUGAAUACCAGUUGUUGUGGAGCACAGAAUGGCUGGGGCAACCCAGUCAGAUGGGCAGCAUAUAAAUAAUAAAAGUAUUAUUAUUAAGGAAGGAAGAACAGCUGCUCUUAUGCUCUGUUUGUGGGCUUCCUAUAAGCAACUGGCUGGAUAUUGUGGGGAACAGGAUGUUGGACAUGCUAGCAUGGGCAUAGCCAGGAUUUUUCAGGGGGGGCAGGCAUUUUCUUGCGGGGGCAGAACCUCAGUUUGUUAUGUAUUUUUAUUUAUUUUUAUUGAUGGAGGGGCAGCUGCCCCUUGGCAACGCCCAUGCAUGAUAGUGUAUAUGCAGUAUGAGCAAGCAGGGCUUUCCAUAUGUUCUUAAUUUUUCAGUAACUAUGCUUUUUUUGCUAUGAAUUGAAAUGUCACAGAGAUUAACAAGGCAAACAUUCCCCAUAGUAAAAGGAUAAUAACGCCCGAGGAAAGGAGUUCAUUGUUGCUUUGUUCCCUCUCAAAGAUGGUUGUCUUCUGUAAUAAUCGGUAUUACUGCAGUAAUGGGAUUUUACCAGGUUUUUCUCUUGAAAAACGAUGUGGUAGUUGAAUACUGCCUUAAAUGUCCAACCUGUAUGUUUCAGAAAUCUAACAUUCAACCUUGCCUGGUUCAAGGAGAUAAACUACUGAAGUGUUAUGAUUAAUGACUAUUAAACAACAGCAGCAGCAACAACAACAGUGUAACUGUAGUAAUUCAUUAACUUGGCAAAAGAAAGUACUUGAACUAGAGAGAUUGUUCUGGAUAUAUAUUUUUUAAUGUAGCUAUUGUUAGGAGAAUUAAUAUGUUACAAGUUAUAGUGUGUUCCAUCUUUAUGAUCAAAUUUAAGGAAUUCUGUGUGAUCCAUGUAGCACUGAGCACGUUGGCUAUCUAUGUGAACUGCACCCAGCAGAAAGGCAGUUUGGUUGCUCUCUACACUGGUAUAUAUCUCCACUGAUAUCCACAAGACUUUGCAUGAGGUUUUCUGGAUUAUGAAGCAGGACCUGAUAUUAAUCUUAUGAAUAACAGCAAUUGAUGUGAUUUACAAAUGCUAACUGGUCCAAGAAUUAUUCUCAAACCUCCCACCCUGCCCAGUUUAUGUAUUUACUGCACAAAAAAGGUGUCACAGCGCACUUCAUAACGUUGCCAUGUCUUUUCCUUCAUGGAGAUUCGGCAGACAACAACAGAAUGACUGGAGGAAACCUGAGUUGUUUAGGGCCACAGAGAGCUUUGGGAACGUGUAGAGAGUCUUCUAAAUAUUUCUGUUUUAAGUUCAAAUGCACUGGAAGGUGUUACUAUAGCUUGGAUGUAUCAAAGGGGAUGUAACACUUCCAAGCCCCCUGCCUCACUUCUGCUUGUGGAAUUUGUAAUGCCAGUGGGAUCAGACUUGCUAUAUAAACCCACCACAUUAGAUCCCUUUCCCAUUCAGGCAGCUUGAAACCUUGCAGAGCUGUCUCUUCUUCACCAAGAACAGCUUGUGCUGAGGAGAGAGAAAGAGAUUUAGGGGCUCUUCUCCCCACCGAUAGCUAGGCAAAGGAUGGCUGUGAAUCUCAGAUGCUUGGUAACCUGUGCUCUCAUCAUAGCUGCCACCACGAAUGGAUUUACCCAGAAAGGACUCAAACAGAUAUUGCUGGAUAAAUUAGGGCUUCCUGAGGUCCCUGCUCUUCAGAGGACAGACAUGGAAAAUCUGGUCAUUCCGGAAAAUACAAGGAAUAAAUACAUGUCUAUGCUGAAGCGCCGCCGAGAGAAGCGGAGAGCAAUGCCAAGUCUGGCUGGAAUCCUGAGAGGAGUUCCUGGCAAUGCAGGUAAACUUUGUUGUUAUCGUCACAAGUAACUAAAAAACUGAAAUCUGCAUCUGGUCUAGAAUUUUAUAGAUUCAGGCUGUGUAAUAACUAUUAUGCAAAUCACUGUAAUAAUAUCUCUGAGAAAUGCAGACCUAAAUUUAUACCCAAAGAUUAAUUGUUCAGCUUAAGUCUCUCUGUAUAUACAAUACAUUUGUCCUAAAUGUGAUGAUAAGGUGGUGCAAUAGACUUGUUUAACAAUUAAACAGGAUUGAUUUUCAGGGAAUGUAUACCUCUUGAAUAAGUUUCUCAUGCUUCAUGUUAUUAUGUAUUAUAUUGCAAGUGGUAUUCAUACAGUUAAUCUGCUAUUAGAAAUUCACUGGAUUAAUUUGCAUCCCUUUCCUGAAGGGCAGCACAAUCUUAAGUGUGCUUACUCCAUAUGUCAAAAAGACAUAUUCUCAAGUAACAAUGCAAUCCUAUCCAUACCUACGAAGAAAUAAGCUAUACUGAGUUCAAUGAGGCUUGCAAGGGAAGUGGGUGUAAGAUUGCCCACUCCUUAGCCUGCUUACUGUAUCUGUACUUCCUUUAUCUACUUCUUACAUGUAUAUUCCAUCUUUCUUCCAUGGUGGAACCGAAGGCACUGUACAUGUAGCUUUCAAGCUACAUGACACCCCUCCAGGCAUUGACCAGACCAGACAUGCUUGCUUCAGCAAUGUACAUUUGGGGAGGGGGAAAACUGAAGGUUUAAAAUAGGCAUUAAGUGGAAAAAAUGACUAUAUACUGUAUGGUAGCUGGUUUAACCAUUAACUCCAGUGGCUCUAAGUACAUAGGGAACCUCUUAUUUAUGGGUUCCAUCCACACGGUGAGUUGUACUAUUUCUCAACAACCAAGGGAGUGUGUGAGGAGUGUGUGACACAAUUCAACUCAGUAUGCUAGUGCCUAUGUAGCACAUGGUUACUUAGUGUAUUAUCUAGCACAAUUCUCUCUUCUUCUUUUUAAUGAAAAAAGGCACCAGAGGCACCUUUAUAUGAUCUAUGUUUGUGUUUUAUGUACUAAGCUCGCAAUGCAGAAAGUAUUGCAAUCGGAGUAAAAAAAAAUUGGGGUGGUGGUGGUAAACUGUUGCCUUUCCCACUGAUUCCUGCUGUGUAGUUGACACAGUCCAUACUAGCACAUAUUUCCAUCACCAGGAGGGUGGGAGAGAGGAACAGUGUGGGAUGAAGUUGCAGAGGAACAGUAGAGAGUGGAUUUGCACUGAGUACCAAUCUGCCAUAUCUUCAGAACUAGUGUCCAGUAAAUAACGUAACUGCAACGUGACUUCAUAUCUUUUGUAGACAACUCCUUCCAGUGCUAAGCUUUUCUUAAAAAGAUUUUCCUGAUGCAUAACUUAAAACCUUUUUUUCUGUCAUUUUAAAAUAACAGCCUGCAUUUAUACAGAACCAAAAUACAAAAUGUCCCAAACUGGAAAAAACAACCUAUUAAACUGUCUUUCUCUUUAUCCACUGGGUUGCACAUGAAGAAGAUAUGAUUGCUCUAUCACAGGAAUGAGGAACUUGUGACCAGUCGGAUGUUGUUGGACUGUACCACUGGACCAGCUGGCUGGGGCUGAAAGGAGUUGGUGUCCCAUAAUAUCCGGCGGGUCAGAUGAUUUCUCUCCCUAUUCUGAUGUAACAUAAAAGGAAAGUCUUUUUUUCUUUUAAGUGACAGACGAAAACUAUGAUGAAUGUAAGUGUUUCUGUUGUUUCCAAAUGCGUAACAGAUAUUCCUGGAGACAUUCUCUAUUCGGACACCACCCGUCAAAAACUUAUCUUCGACAUGGAAGGCAGGAUACCAGCAAACAGCGAAGUCACCAUGGCUGAGCUGAAGCUUUUCAAAAAGCCCCUGGAGAGGAAACACCUGCCCAUCAAGCCAUCUCAUCGGCCAGUCAUGAAUGCCAGGGUGAGCGUGUACUGGGUGCAGCCCCAAGAGAAUGGCACCAACCGGACCUCUUUGAUUGAUUCCAGGUAUGAAGGAGGAGUCUAAUCUAAUGGCUCAGGAGAGGUGCACUUGAAUAGAACCACACUCAGCAGUGCUGUUUCAAGGGCAGAGGGGGCAAGCCUUCUCUCAGAUAUAUGCAUGGUUUUCAAAAUGUCUUCAUUUCCUUACAGUAUUUCCCAGAUCAGAUCAUUUAUUAAGAUGAUCAUCAUAAUUGUUAUUUUCUUGAAGAGCUUGUCUGCCUAAGCUAUUGCUCUGCAAUUACAAAAGCAGGGCUUACCUGUUUACCUCAUUGUCAGGCAUACAUCUUAAUGCACCCUGGGGUGUGUAUAAAGAAUUGUUACUUAUAAGGGAAGCCUUUAUGCAGAAGUUCAGAUCAAGAGCCUGCAGUCUAGGCUUUUGCAGCAUUUCUAUCCUAAGUGAAUUUUAUUUUGCCUUUUAAAUUGAGGUGCCUUUUCCACCCACGUUCAGAAUGCAAUAUGUGAAUAGGCUCUGAGAUCAGGCAAAAGUCCUAUUAGUUCAGUUCCUUGUUUGAAAACAGAUAUUGUAUUCUCACUCAUUCCAAUGUUUUUCUUUCAAUUCCAGUCUGUUAUUCUGGAAUAAAAAAGCUAGUAGAUAUCUCCCCCUAUAUGUGUUUUUAUUCUUGGUUCUCUCUCCACUAUUAACCCAUUUUUUGUCCAUUUAGGUUAGUUCCACUCAUGGAGUCUGGCUGGAGGAAUUUCGAUGUCACCCAGGCAGUGCAUUUUUGGCUAAAGACCAAGAUGCAGGGGCCGAUGCUCCUGGAGAUCUGGAUUGAAGGAGAAAGAUUAGGCAGCUAUGCCUCUGAAAUGGCCAAAAGUGUGCGCUUUACUUCUCAGGAUCCUUCAGACAAAGCACUGGGCAAGCCUGAGUUGGUGCUUUAUACCCUUAACCUGGAAGACUAUGGGUACGUUUCAAACUUUAAUCAUAUUGGUGACAGGGGAGUUUUAUUUCUGCCCUUUAAUACUGAAGACAAACUCAGGCACAGUUUAGAUAGCCCUUAAACCCAAUCCAAACCAUGUUUUCUCAAAAGUAAGCUCAGUUGAUUUUGCUCAGUAUUGCAAUCCUACAGCAUGACAAUAGGAAUGUUUACUUUCCUCGCUGUGUUUAGUGGGAGUAACUCUCAGGUAAUUUUGCUUAAGAUUACCGCUCUACUUACUUCCAUUGUACUUUUGGAACUGAUCUUGAGAUACUCAUCCACCUUGCAUUGCUUUUAAAAGAUGCAAUGUUUGCAUUGGAUAUACAGCUAUCUAUACCGUGGUACACAAAAAUCCCGACAUUCAACUAAUCUCUUCCAAAAGCUGCUGAUUACUGCUACAUUCUUGCAGUAUACUGGAGACAAACAAUCACACAAACCAUUAUGAGAGAGAGAGAGAAAAGGUUAGGCUUCAAUCCUAACCCAUUUGGGAGUAAGCUGCAUUGAAUUCAAUAGGACUUACAUUGGAGUAGACAUGGUUAGGAUUGUGUUGCAAGUGAAUCUCUCUCUCUCUCUCUCUCUCUCUCUCUCUCUCACACACACACACACACAAAGAAUGGGUGAAACAAAUUAUGUUUGAUUCAUUAAAAUAGUGCCCAAUGUUUUAUUAGGGAGAAAUACAGAUUUUAUCGUUGGUAAACUGUAUGAUGCAGUGGAUAGAGUGGACCAGGGAGUCCAGGGUUCAAAUCCCUGCUCACCUGGAGACCACUGGUUGAGUCUGGAUCAGUUGCCAUCUUUUGGUCCAGGGUUGGGAUACCGGGGCCCUCAAGUUGUUGUUGGACUCCAACUCCCAUCAGACCCAGCUAGUAUUGUUAAGGAGUUGCAUGAGAUGGGAGUUGCAGUCCGGCUACAUCCAGAGGGCCACAGGUUCCCCACCCCCAUCUUAGGGUACAAACCAAACCAUCAGUAUCAGGGCUUUGUGGAGUAGCAGGACAUUCACGCCCCUGCUGCUCAGGGCAACCAAGGGGUGCAGGUAAGGGACAGGACAGUGGGGUCUAAUGUUGUUAUGUGACAGCAGUGAGUCCAGUUCACGGCUCAGCCCUGCCUCCUCUCUGCCUUCAGAACACUCCAUUUCAUGGCUUUCCACUGUCUCCCUCUGGUUAGGCCUACUGCCCACCCACACAUUUGGAGGGCAGAAGGGGAAAGUUGACAACAUCAGCACUGGCCGGUGGGAGGUCGGUUUAGUUGGAAGAAGAGUCACCUCCACCUAACCCAACCCUUCUUCCCCAAGUUUGGUAUAAGGAGAGGUGAUUGGAUUUCUCUGCCCUUCUAACCCACUUCACAUAGUUGUUGUGAAGAUACGUAUGUAUGAAGUCAUGUGGGAAGAUAUCAUGUGUGCCUCAAAAGGGUAGUAGACAAUCAAACACAUACCAACACUUAAACACUAAAAGAAUAAGCAUGUUUGUGCCAGUUCUAACAUUUGUUAGCUCCAGACUGUCUCUAGCUCAGGUCUUUCCACAUAUCAGACCUAAAACUAUCCGCUUUUCGGCAGGGGACCUGGAGAUUGUGAAGGAGGAACCCUGACUGAGAAGACUACCUGCUGCCGCCAGGAACAUUACAUCAACUUCCGAGAGCUGACCUGGACACAGUAUUGGAUUAUCGAGCCGGCCGGCUACCAGGCUUACCACUGUGUGGGUGGCUGCCGGCAACCCAAGAACUUGCUGCGCCAUUUCGGCUAUGGAGAGAGAACCUGUGCUGUGGUGGAGAGCUCUCCGCUCCCCAUGAUGUAUCUUGUCAAGAAGGGAAACUACACUGAAAUUGAGGUGGCAGAGUUCCCUAAUAUGAUUGUAGAAAAAUGUGGCUGCAUCAUGGACCAUAUAGCAGCGGUCUAGCCACACACCAAACACAGAAUGGCAGAAAGGCAAGAGGUAGCCUGUUACAGGGUGCUCUUUUCCUCAUUUAGUUCUCCUAAUUCUAACCACAUAUCACCCGUGGCACACUGAAUUCGGUUGCCGGUCUUCUUCAUACAUUUGAACAAUAAUUUGGUUCCUCUCCUGUCAUAGGUAUACAAUUUUGCAGUCGAAAAUGCAGGUUGUUCCAAUCUGGAUGGAAUUUUGCAGCAUAUAACUUGUAUGUCUGCCUUUCAUGGCCACGAUGGUUAUGCUCUAUCUCCACUGUUGCAGAUAGGAUUCCUUUGUACAAGAGGUUGCUGGGAAUCUCAAGUGGGAAGAGUGCUGUUGCAAUUAGGUCCUGCUUGUGGGCUUCUCAUAGGUAUCUGGUUGACCACUGUGAGAACAGGAUGCGGGACUAAAUUGGCCUUUGGUCUUACUGGGUUCUUAUAUUCUAUUUACUGAGAGUUUGUUUGUUUGUUUGUUGCUGAGCUAUCAUUUUCCAUGGCAGAGCAGCAAAGUAGCAUAUAAUCCCAAAUUCAGUGAGCGAUAGCAGUUUGUUAAUGAUACAGUGGUGCCUCGCAAGACAAAAUUAAUUCGUUCCGCGAGUUUUGUCGUCUUGUGAUUUUUUUCGUCUUGCAAAGCACGGUGUCGGGAAAGUUUUGGAAAAGCUUCAAAAAUCACCAAAGUCUUUAAAAACCUCAAAAAAGGCUCCCACACCGCGUUCUAUGAGUUGCUCCUCGAAGUCAAGUCGCAACUGUAUUAAUGGUGUUAAGAAAAAGGAAACAAACUUGCAAGACGUUUCCGUCUUGCGAAGCAAGCCCAUAGGGAACAUCGUCUUGCGAAGCAGCUCAAAAAACGAAAAACCCUUUCGUCUAGCGAGCUUUUCGUCUUGCGAGGCAUUCGUCUUGCGGGACACCACUGUAGUUGAAAGCUGUCAGCACCAGAGAAAGAUUGCUGGAGUAGAUGGAUUUUUCACUGGUCCUUCAUGACAGUUCUUCUGUCAUGUGGUGUAGUGGUUAAGAGAGGUAGACUCGUAAUCUGGUGAACCGGGUUCACUUCCCCGGUCCUCCACAUGCAGCUGCUGGGUGACCUUGGGCCAGUCACACUUCUCUGAAGUCUCUCAGCCCCACUCACCUCACAGAGUGUUUGUUGUGGGGGAGGAAGGGAAAGGAGAAUGUUAGCCGCUUUGAGAUUCCUUCGGGUAGUGAUAAAGCGGGAUAUCAAAUCCAAACUCCUCCUCCUCCUCUUCUUCUUCUUCUGUUCUUACUAACAAAACACCCAUCAAAACAAGGGAUAGGCAUCUGUAUGAUGAAAGGAC